AUGGAAAGAGAGUUUGACUUCAUAAUCUACGGUGCCUCGGGAUAUGCUGCAAGAUACAUCAUAGAAGCCUUCAAGGCCGAAAACGUUAGGUUGGCCUUGGCAUCAAGAAACAUAAGCAAAAUAAAGGAUAAGGCAUUUCCUGUUUACGAAUGCAAGAUAGAUAAUAUUGAUGAAAUUGCAUCCAUGACAAAGGUUCUAAUAAACUGUGUUGGACCUUAUUCCAUCCAUGGAGAAUGCAUUGUCAAGUCAUGUAUAAGAAAUGGAACACAUUACAUGGACAUAUCUGGAGAGGUAUAUUUCUUUGAACUUAUCAUCAACAAAUACCAUGACGAAGCCGUGAGGAAGGGUGUAUACAUCAUCAACUGCUGCGGCUUUGAAUCUGUCCCUUCAGACAUUGGAGUUAUGUAUCUCCGAGAUAUGUUUGAGUACUAUGUAGAGAUAGAGAGUGUUCUCAAGGUCAGUAAUGUUGUUGUGAACUUGACCACUUGGGAAUCUCUUCUUGCAUCGGUUGCAAAUUUCAGAGAGAUGAACGCCCUCAGAGAGAAGAGAUACGGUCAGGGAAAGAAAAGGCGAUCUCUCCGGGUUGUAAAGAAAAAUUCCUACCAGGUGAUCUUUCGGGGAAUAGACUAUUCUGUUGUGAGAAGAAGCCAGGAGCUAAUGGAGUCUAUAGGGAUCAAUGGGGCGAAGUACUCUGCAUAUCUAGAUGUCGGGGGGCGGAUUGAGAUGAUAAAAUAUCGAAUCCUUGCUUGGGUAAUAUGGCUUUUCUCUGGAUUUUCAUUUGGAAGAUGGAUUAUCACGAGUCUAGCCAAGAUGUUUGCUUUCCGAACCAUUAAAAGGAGGCCUUCCUUCGAAGAGAUCAGAAAUGCAGACUUUACAAUUGAAAUAAGAGCCAGAGGGGAAAAGGGGAAUGAGAUAGUUGGGAAAUUGCUCACAAUAACCGGCCCAGACCCUGCAUAUAUAGUGACUUCGGUAUGCUUGACUCAGACGGCAGUUACAUUUUUGAGAAGCCUUAAUCAGAAAGAAAGAGGGACAGGCGUAACUCUUUUCCGGGGAGGGGUUAUAACACCGGCCUGUGUGUUGUACAAUACAGACAUCAUCCCGAGACUAUCAUCAAAGGGAAUAAAGUUUGAGCUUAAGGAAAGUAGCUGA